AUGGCCUCAUCAUCAAUCUUCCGCUUGUAUCUAGUUCUUUUGUCUACAGUAUUUGCAGCUGUUAUUCCAUUUGACCAGGAUACCCCAACCGGCAACCAUACCGAGGCGUCGGCGGAGCGAACUUUCUUCUAUGUCGGUGGACAAUAUGUGAACUCGACCUCUGUAGCACCCUUUGGUGUUCAUCCAUGGUUCCGCGCAAACGGCUACGGCAAGUUCAACUUCCAAGCGCUCCAUCUCGCCCUCUCACCUAAGCUGCAGCUGCUGACAAACGGCCAGAAUUGGUUGAACACCCCGGAUGGCCGUGAAGGAUGGGCUUCCUACUUCCUCCGCCAGGGCUAUGUGGUCUAUUUGACUGACCAGCCCGAACGUGGACGCUCUCCAUACAUGCCUGGCAGCGGUGAACUCGCCGUCUUCCCCACCGCGGCGAUUUCCUCCCUCUUCACUGCCCCUGGCAAAGUUGUCCCUCUUCCUUAUCCCCAAGCCGCCCUCCACACUCAAUGGCCGGGCACCGGUCUACCAGGCGACCCUGUCUUCGACGCCUUCUACUCGACACAGGUCCAAUUCCAGGCCAACGGCACCAUCGCCGCUCAGCUGGUCAACAACUCGUACGUCGCACUGGCAGACCGCAUCGCUACGCCUCACAUACUGGUCACGCACUCCCAGGCCGGGCCGUUCGGGUGGCAGCUUGCCAACGAGAGGCCGGACCUAGUUGCCGGGAUCGUAGCCAUCGAGCCCGGCGCGGGCCCGUUCGAGACCUGGACAGGCCCGCCGUAUGCACCGGGUUAUGCAUCACCCUGGCCGCCCUUUCCAUACGGGCUCACAGCGCUACCGCUUUUGUAUGACCCGCCGUUGCCAGACAACGAUCCGAAUGCUAUAGCUCGGCAGCUUGUCCCGCCUGCAGGUCCUAACCUGGCCUCAUGUAUCCUGCAGGCUGAACCGGCGAGGAGGCUGCCUAACAUGGCCAAGGUACCUGUGCUGCAGAUAGUUGGGGAGGCUAGCUUUCAGGCUGUGUAUUCUGGGUGCAUCGCGAGUUACUUGGAGCAGGCCGGCGUAGAUGUGGAGUUUGUGAGAUUGGAGGAGAGGGGCGUGAGAGGGAACGGGCAUUUCAGCUUCAUGGAGAAAAAUAGCAUCCAGGUUGUGGAAAAGGUGGUAGCACCAUUCUUAGACAGAGUGGAAAAGGAAUGA